AGCUUCUGUCUCGUCUCCGGCAAGUUUUCCCUUCGAAUCGAUCGAAGACCCCGCAUGGGUCGUUCACCUCGACUUGCGACUUGCAAGCUUGCACCCUCGUUGGUCAAUACCUCUAUGGAAUGUCAUACGUUACAUCGGGUAUUUCACACUCAGACUGGAAAUCGUCAUACCAGUAUAGCAUAAAGUUAUAAUCGUAGAGCCAUAAAUUCAUACCUCAGCCCAGCCUGGUCGCGGGUCAGAGGAAUCGACAACGAGAUCCCCGAGUCGACCUUUAUCUGAACCUACUUUGGGUGAGGUGACAUAACUCACAGCAACCACGAGGCCUACCACCCACGAUUCCAACCCGCAACCCUUAACCCUUAACACCGCAACCCUUAACACCGCAACCCUUAACACCACAACACACCCCCAGCAAAACCCUCAGCAAAAAAAAAACACGUUCAAAAUGUCCUCCCGGGAAGAAUCAUCCAUAGACCUCCUAACCUAUACAUUCCAAGCGACCGUCUUCCCAACGUUGACGCUCGGGUUGGGGUAUUUGAUCGGGGGGAGCGCUAUCGGUAGGGUGGGAGGGACACUCCCCUGGCUAGCGAAGACCCUCCUAGCUCCAUGCUUGGUCGUCUCCAUCCUAGCUCCGGCGGAUAAUAUAACUUUUGGGGGGUUUUGGAAGUUCUGGCCCAUCCCCGCACUGGCCAUCAUCACCCACCUGAUCUCGUUCGGCUUCGCGCUCGUCCUGAAUCGAGCGAGGUGGACGAAGGCGCCGGGUUGGUUGGUCGGAGGGGUUUCUUAUAACAACGUAUCGUCCUUCCCUCUAUACACCCUGCUUGCCUACUUUCGUCUCAGCCAAACACAAACUCAGACCUCGACAUCGGACUCGGCGCAAGGAGAAGGCUUGAGAGGACCGCUCUCGCACCUAAAAUGGCGGAUCUUGGAUACCGACCAAGAUCAGCUGGGUAGGGCGUUGGUGUAUGUGGUCUUAAGUUGGUGGGUGAUCGAUGUGGCUCGAGCUCUGCUCAGGCCGGUCGUUGAUCGGAUGACGGUCGUGUGGCCAGCCGUCCAGUUGCCCGUCUACGACGAGGACGGAGACAUUUCGGACGAGGAUGAAGAACAGGAAGAAGAGGACGUCGAGGCAGCCUCCGUCCAGAGCUACGAAAGUCAGGCCAACAACACUUCCGCUGGACGUCACGUUCGAGCAGGCGGAGAUGGUCAUCAGGACGAGACCACGCCGUUGUUACCAUCUUCCACCUCCAGUCUCACUUCUCGCCUGCCUUUCUUAGGGAUCGGGUUCAACAACACUUUCCUCCCCGGUGUCCUUGCCCUGUUGAUCGCCUUUAUCCCUCCGCUCAAGAAUAAUCUCGCCGACCCGUCCGGGUGGGUAGGGAAAGUCAUAGGUGGGACCCUAGGAUGGGUGGGGUUGAGCUACAUCGUCGUGGACGUCCUGGCGAUCGGGGUCACUCUGAGGCAGGCCGAGGUGGAUAAGAAGGACAAGAAGCCAUUACCCCCGACUCUUGGGUCGGUUCUGCUCAUCUGCGCUUGGAGGUACUUUGCCCUUCCUGCCAUUUCCAUCGCGAUUGUCUAUGGCAUGAGGAAGCAUCUUCCCAUCGCCUCGUUCAUCCACGAUCCCGUCUUUGCCUACGUCUUGGCAAGCACCGUCAUCAGCCCGCCCCGCUUGCCGGCCCACCUGAAUGCACACCUCGCAUCCGUCUACUUGUCCGUCUACGCCCUCUAUUUCGUCUCCUCAGUCGCCCUGGCGUACAGCAUCUUGAUCCCCGGAACGGGAAUAUCGUUCGAAAACAACUUUGACGUCAAGGGAGCCCUCAAGUCGGCCCUCGGGGGAGGCGUCGCCGGGGCCGCGGCGAUGGUCUUGCAGGUCUUGACCUUGAUGUGGAUCAGGACGACGAUGAACUAUCAGUACCGUUAUGGAGGGACCUUUGUCGAGACUCUGAAAAAGCUCUGGCACGAAGGCGGGAUCAAGAGGUUUUACGCUGGAUUGUGGGCGGCUUUGCUACAAGCUCCCAUCUCGAGAUUCGGAGACACCGCUGCCAACGCUGGAAUCUUUGCCUUGUUAUCGACGUUGACGUGGCCGGUCCUGGUCAAGACGAUCGCGGCGUCCCUCUCUUCGGCGCUGUUUAGGAUGACCCUGACGCCCAUCGAUACCUUGAAGACCACGCAACAGACCAAGGGAGGCGUCGAGGGUCUCAAGCUCUUGCGAAAGAGGGUUCAGAGGCACGGUGUAGGGUGUCUCUGGUGGGGUGCGGUAGCUACCGCCGGAGCGACGUUUGUCGGUCAUUACCCGUGGUUUGGAACAUACAACUUCCUCCAGGCCCAUUUGCCCCAGGCUCACAACUUGUUCCAGCGGCUCUUGCGCCAAGCCGUCAUCGGUUUCGCCGCUUCCAUCGUCUCGGACACGAUCAGUAACAGCCUGCGAGUGAUCAAGACAUACCGGCAAGUACACGAGACCAACGUCGGAUACGUCGACGCGGCGAAAGAGGUCAUCGAGAAAGAAGGCUGGAGAGGCUUGUUUGGACGAGGGUUAAUCACCCGUUACGUCGCCAACGGUCUUCAGGGCAUCUUGUUUUCCGUGCUAUGGAAGCUGUUCUCUGAUCUCAUCGCGCAACACGGCAAAUGAGCCGGUAAACCAGGCCAGGCCAUCUGGACGGAUAAUCGACCUGAAUAUCGGGAACAGGACGUCGUGCAGGCGAUCACAAUUCUCCGCUCUUGUCGCUCGAAACUCGCUAUUAGUAUGUUGGUCGCUGUGCGGACCUCGCCAAAGAAAAUGCAGACCCAUUCCCGUUGUGUCUUGUGAAUGUAAAUAUAUCGUCGAGGUAUUACAUACAUACGUUGAACAGGACUCGCUAUCCGGUGGCCAAGGCCGAUCAAAGAUAUUGAUGUUGAGGUUCCUCCCACGUGUAGUCCCGGAUACGCAAGUUGGGUUCAAUGAUGAGAGUCAGUAUGGUUCCUGUGUUCUAGAUAGAACAAUUAUUAUUAUUGAGUUUGGAUGGAGUACGGUAUGGCAGGGGAA